UUUAUAUGGUACGGAUAUACUGACUAUCUUUGCCUAUUUUGAAGUUGGCAUAAGGAAUCAUACAUAUCUCAAAAUCAGAUAUAAAAUUCAACAAAAAUUCUGUUAGCGUACAAAUCGCGCAAUAUAGAAGAAUACAAAAAGCCCUUGAUGACAGAUCACCAAGUGUCAAAGAAGGUCAUACAGGUUAGGACAUUUCUUUCAGCUCCUUGCCAGAUGUAGUGCUGCCGACUUUAUAGGAUUAUAUGUUGAAUUCUACUCAUGUAAAUGUUAGACACAGUGCAGUAUUAGCUACUGUGUAAAUUCUCGAAGCCGUAUACAAUCACUGUAACGAUACAAAUUAGACAUUAUCGGAGCCACGGGUGUGUAGCUGAUAUACAGGAUAUACAAUAAACUGUCAGAAGUAGAAAAAUCGCCAUGUGAUGCAAUGCAUAAUGAGAAAGAAAUAUUCAUACAUGCAUUACUAAUUCUAAUGCUUGGUAUAUACAUUGUAAAGAAACGAAUAUCUUUUCGUUGGGUCAAUCGACAGUAUUGGGUACGACCAAACAAUGUGAGACGCCCUGAUCAAGGAGACUUUAAUCACUUACUGCAAGAGAUGAAAAAUGAUCUAUUUAUGUUUUUUCGCUACACAAGAAUGUCUUUAUGCAUCUUUAAUCAACUGCUGGAAAUGAUGACACCAUUUUUGGUAAAGAAAAGUCAUCGGCCAUUGAUACCCGAACAACGCCUUGCUUUAACUCUAAGGCUAAGAUUCCUUACUACAGGAGAUCAAGUUCUAUCAAUCGCUUUAGCAUAUCGCAUUGGGGAGUCGACGGCACGUAAAGUAAUAAAGGAGACUUGUGCUGCAAUUAAAAGAAUAUUAGCGCCCUUAUAUUUGCCAUCUCCUACAGAAGAAGAUUGGAUCAAAGUAUGUGAAGGAUUUUGGACAACUUGGAACCUACCAAACUGUUGUGGUGCAGUUGACGAGAAGCACGUACAAGUACAAGCUCCGCCAAAUUCUGGGAGCUUGUACUUCAACUACAAAAAAAUUUUCAGUAUAAUAGUAAUGGCGGCAUGUGAUCACAAUUAUAAAUUUACAGUAGUAGAUGUUGGAGCAUAUGGCAGCAACAGUGAUGGCGGAGUUUUGUCAAGAUCGGAGUUUGGCAAAGCUCUACACAAUGGUAAUCUUAAUUUACCAAAAGAUGAAACCAAUUUGCCUGGAAGUAGAACAAGGACGCCAUGCUUCUUCGUUGGAGAUGAGGCAUUUCAACUAACACAAAAUAUGAUGAGGCCAUGA